AUGAUAUUUGCUCAAGCUCCAAGGCAUCGAAGAAAACAAAAAUUUGUGAGAUUACCUAGUGGCUAUACAUUUCCAGCUGAUGCUGCUUCGAAUUUCCAGAGAGAUACUUAUGUAGCUGCAACGGUGAGAAUUUUUUGAUUUUUCGGAAAAUUGGCACAGUAGUGCUUUUAGAUGGAUUACUGUAGCAAACUUUGUAGAUAUAUUGAUGAAAAAAGUUUUGAGAAUUUAAAAGUUACUGUAGCCGCGUGAUUUUUUGAGAAUUUUUAAAUCGACUCUUGUUCAGAUAAAAAUAAAUUGAAUAGAAAAUAUGAUUUUCAAACAAUUGUUAACUUCAUAUAAUUUAUAGUUUGCUCCCCCACCAUCUCAUCAAAUUCUUCAUUCUCCACCUCGUUAUAUAACACCAAAUGAAAAUGAAGGAACACAACAAAAACCACACGGAAUGUCUUAUACGGAUUAUAAAAAAGCGAUGGAGACAUCAACAAUUACAGCACCACAAAGUGCAUCUGAUAAUCCAUAUGUUGAAGCACCGCCAGAAGUUGGAGGAAAUUCACCAGAAACACCAGUUGAAAUGACAACAACGGCUAUGAUUGUUGAAACUGUAACAGAUUCAGGAGAAGGAACACAAAUGACAACAGCUGCAACUAUGGGAUUGAAAAAAGGAGAGUAAGUACAAUAAUUUUCAAAAAUUUAAAACUUUUCCAAAUUUUUUUUAGUAUUGGUGGAGUUGCACAAUCAGUGAAUAAUAAAUUUGGUGGACUUUCACAAGAGAAACAACAUCAACUGAAAGCCAAUACUUAUACAGCUCUUGGUGGAGGUCAAUUCUAUCAAAGUAUUUUGGGUGGAAAAGGUGGUUUCAAUCCACUUUCACUUUUCCUUGGUGGCGGUGCUAAUAAUGGCGGAUAUAUUGUGCCAGUUCCUGUUGUUAUUCCACCUCCUCCGCCACCUCCACCAGGUCCAAAAUGUUUCACAAAUCCCUCGGGAUUUUUGUGUUGUAAUGUGACGUUGGAAAAAACGAUGGAAGAAGCUUAUAUUCAAGCAAAAGCUGAAGGUGUUUCGACUUGUAAUGUUCAGAAAAUGGCGUCAGCUGUACAAGAGGUAAAAAAUAGGUUACUGUAGAAUUUUCCGGAAGUUUUUCCCAAAAUCUAGUUUUAAACAAAUUCUGAAGUUCCAAUUUUUUCUGUUUUCUCAGAAAUUCAUGUUUUUUAUCGGACUAUCUUGGGACACAAAAAAUUAACUACAGAAAACACAAAUAUUUUUCAUCGAGUUACUGUAAAAAUUUUCCAAAGCCGAAACCAACUUCUUUGGACCAUAAAUCAUUUUUUCAGAAAGCCGAGAAAAAAUUCGGGACAACUUUCGAAUCGGUUGCAGCACACGCGGAUUUCGUUGCCAAAAUCAAUUUUGCGGGAGAUUUGAAUUGUAAAAUCGAGAUCGACGGAAAAUUCAUAAUGGCGUAUGCGACACCAGUUGGUGAACAAGAUGUCAAUAUUGUGGAUGCGAAUUCGUUCUUCUCUGGUGCUGCAGAUGUGGAUUUAGAAGGGGCAAAUGGUACAAAACCAACUUAUAUUGUCUAUGGUCCCAUUAAAUAG